CAAGCAACAGGCGUCAUUCAACAUAGAUUUUCAAAUCAACUGUGUUACAUAUAUAUGUACAUAUGUACAUAUUCGCAGAUAUACCAUAAAGUAAGUUGUGCUAUAGCAAAAAAAAAAAAAAUUUAAAAGGUUCAUACCUACAUAUAUAUGUACAUACUCGUAUAAAUAAAUAUACGUACAAACAUAUACUUUUGUGAAGAACAAACAAAACAAAACAAAAAAAAAACUAAGAUUAAAAAAAGGAAAUAAAUAAGGGACAAACGUAUAUAAAAUAAGUAUAAAUAUAAAAUGGAUAACUUAGAUGUGAACACUAAAUUUAAGAUUAUGUCUACAAAUUUAAGUAGUAUACCAUGCUAUGAUGGAAAUGCAGAUGCUCUUUUAAGUUUUGUACAAAGAAUUGAUUUAAUGAUACCCAUAUUAGAAUCAUUCCCUAUAGAGUUUAAAAUUUUGCUUAUGGGUAAUAUUAAGGACAAAAUAAUUGGAAGUGCAAGAAGAUCAAUUUUAAUUAAUGGCAAUGUAGAUACCUGGCCAGAAAUAAAGAAAAUUUUAGUUGAUAAUCACGGCGAACAAAAAUCUGUUGAUGAGUUAAUUGGUAAAAUAAGAUCUUGUCGGUGUGAUUCAACUAUAGAAAAUUUUUAUAAUAAUCUAAAUGCUUUAUUAUGUCGCUUAAAUAAUUCUCUGUAUUUUAGUAAUAACAAUUCCUUUGAAAUGAAUUGUGAAAGUAAUGGCAGAAUUGCUCUCAAUUCUUUCAAAUAUGGAUUACCGGAGCCUGUUAGGAGCAUUAUUGUGAGCAGGAAUCCGAAAAAUUUAAAAGACGCGUAUGAUAUAAUAAAAUCCAAUGGGUAUCUGUAAUAUAACAAUACAAAAUAUUGUGAUCAUGUUACACAUAUAACAUGCAGCCAUUCAAAUUUUCAACAAAAUAAUAAUAAAAAUAGUAUUAGACAAAAUUUCAACAACAAUAAUGAUAGACAAUUUAGUAAUAGUAGCAGGCAAAACUACAACAGUAAUGACAGUAAAUCUUACUAUAACAAAUAUAAUGGGCAAAAUUUUAGCAAGAACAACAGUGGACAACCUUACAACAACAAUACAACAUUCCAGCAGCGUCAUGCAAACGAUAGUCAAAAUUUUUCAUCACAGCUGAUGCUUAGUAAUAGGUAGGUAUAGCAGACAAACAGGCCGGCAACCAGAAAACAAUUUUCAAACAACAAAUUAUAUUGAUUUAAAUAGGAAUCCUUAUGGUAACCAAAAUUAUAAAAAUACAUCAGUUGAACCAAUGGAGUUUAGUGUUAACGAGAGUUUUCAAAAUUUUCAACAUCCCGGGAAAAG